AUGAAGCGUGGGGUGAUGCUGCUCGUUCUGCUGGCCUGGUGCUCCGGAACAGAAGCAAGGCAAUAUUGGGCAUACGUGCCUGAUCCUCCGUUGCUGCACGUGUCCGUGUGGGAGGGUCGCAACGUCCCGGUUUAUGUUAACAAUACCAAGCUUCUUGGGGGGCCUUCGAAUGGUCACCUCCAGGCGCACAACCCAGUGCCAUACAACUUUUCUGCUGUAGGUGAGGGCACUCCUAUCUGUUUUUCCAAGAACGUGAGUGCAACGGGCUGUGUUACCCUCCAGGGGGUUACCUUUCAUGUCAACAGCUCCACCGUCGGAUGGAAUAUCAAUGUGAUGAGCCUCGGGGGGUUGGGAACCGGACUGAAUGCCUCUCUUCCCCGAGACGUCCUGCCAUGUGAGAAACCAUCCGAUAUACGAGAGCAUUCAGUACCUUGGGAGCGGUGCUACACCAAUCAAGCUGUUGCCUUCCCGAUCCAGGGCACCAACUCAUCCAUCAUCAACUGGUCCGUCUUCAACAAGACCAGUUGGACUCAAGGACUCUAUGAGGGACUCUGGAGCGUGGCUGGCGGUCCAAUCCAGCUACUACUCUGGAAAUUGGCUGCUGCUCAGAACCAGGUCACGGCUGUAAUGACACCUGUCAAUGGGACUGCGAGCAGUUGGACAGUUAAUGUGACUGCCUGUGUGCCAGAGCCUUAUGCCUUGCUAGUGGGGAAGGUGUGGAGGGAGGUGACCUCGGCCCUCAGCAGACCCCGGAGGUUCAUUGGGUUGCUGAUAGCCGGUGUCACGGCCUUGAUAACCCUAAUUGCCACGGCUGCAGCUGCUGCUGCGGCCCUUACCCAAGAGGUACAAACAGCUCAUUUUGUCAAUGACUUAUCCAAAAAUGUUAGCACAGCCUUAGGGACACAAGAGGCGAUUGAUAGAAAGAUUGAGGAGAAGCUCAAUGCUUUAUAUGACAUGGUUAUGUACCUAGGGGAAGAAAUAGAUGGGUUAAAGGUAAGGAACAAAUUACAAUGCCAUGCUAACUAUCAAUGGAUAUGUGUUACGCCUCAGCCAUACAACCAGUCCGUACAUGGCUGGAAUAAGGUAAAGGCUCAUUUGUCAGGAAUCUGGCACAAUGCUAACGAAUCCAUAGACCUACUGAAAUUACAUGAGGAGAUCCUAGGUCUGCAAAGUACAGACCCCCUUAAGGUAGAUGCGGCAGAAACCGCCAAGGACUUUUUAAAUCAGCUUAUGCGCAUGGUCCCCUCCACCUCUGACCUUCAACACGUGGCCCUUACCGUAGCCCUACUAGGGGCCGUGGUGGUAGGGCUAGCGUGCCUUUUGCCUUUUCUGGUGCGCAGAGGAAUCAGCGCUUUGACGCUUCUCCAAGCAGGCCUACACGAGGUCAAGCUCAAGGCCGGCCCACAAGGGCCUCUACAUGUUGUAUAG